GUUUAUCAUGUUACUUUUCACUCAGAUAAUGUGCAGAACCCAACGUCCACAGCCGGAUGGGGUCGGAUUGUGAAGGUGAAGAAGUAUUGGAUACAAUGUGCCUCUAAGUCCUGUGCUACCCUUUCUUUUGGAACACUCCCCUCUCUUCAGUUGACGUUUUGGUUUUAGUAUUAGCCCUAGUCUCUUUUCGUCUGAACAGCAUUACGCUACAGGCCACUCGUCGUCGUUAUCUAUUGUCAAGACUUGUGAAUUUUUACUUUCUCAUGCUGCUCUCUAGUAUUUUUGUUCACCAAAUUCUAAUUCAUAUAUACAAAACUUGAACAGUUGGCAAUUUAUAUACUGAUUAAAAUUUAAUGAUGUUUAUCUAUUUUAUGGGAAUAUUGGGUUUUUUACUUUCAUGCUUGAUGUAUUUCAUUGCUAUGAUUAAAUGUCUGUAGUAGUUUAACACAAAAUUUUACUUUACCUACGUACAGAUUCUUUUGUACCUUUCCAUAUAAUGUUGUAACUUCACCGACUAUAUAUUAUUCAUCAUUUUAUUCAUUGGAAAUUAUUUAAAAAGGGAUUCUGAAGAAACUCUGUUUGAAUUCUUACUUUUUUUCACUUUUACUUAUCACUUCGUUAAAAAAAAGAUGGAGGAACGCUUUAAUCAAAAGGAAAUUGGAAAAGAAGUAUUUACAUAUUAAGUUAAACGGGAAAAAUGGGGAGUGUUCUUCCAAAGCCAAUUCUUAGCAAAGUAGUGGAGCGCUCGGGCAACUCAUUCGUGAACUCCGCCAGCGCAUCCAUGAACGGAUUUCGUUACACCAUGGAAGACGCGCAUAUGAAUUGCAUUGAGGAAAAUAUUGCGUACUUUGGCAUUUUCGACGGACACAGCAAUGAAAAAUGCAGCCAGUACGUCGCCGAGUCUUUGCCGGCGAAGCUGAAAUCCCUAAAGGAGCCCAUCACGGCGGAGAUGCUGGAGUCGGUCUGCGUGCAAAUCGACAAAGCCUUUUUAGAGCGCCACAACAACGGUGGCUCCACCGGGACUUUCUGCAUUCUUCGCAAGAAUGGACAGCUCACCAUCGCCAACGUGGGGGAUUCUCGUAUUUUAGUCGUGCGGAAGGGCACUAUCAUCUUCGAAACGGAGGAUCAUAAGCCGUUUGACCCAACGGAGCGCGCGCGGAUUGAGCGUUGUGGGGGGUUCGUCACGGGGAAUCGCGUGGAGGGGGAUUUGGCCGUCUCGCGGGCUUUUGGGGAUGCAAUGUUUAAAGAGGUCGGGGGUAAAAACCAUCGGGAUCAAAAAGUUAUCGCGGUCCCGGACGUGUCAGAGGUGAACUGCCAACAAGGCGAUUUGGUUGUGAUCUGCUGUGAUGGCGUUUUUGAAGGAAACUUCACAAAUGUUAACGUCGCUCGGUUUGUGGGGGAGCAGAUGACAAAAUGUUGGGAUGACCUCGCGGUGAUUGCCUGUCGGGUGUGCGAUGAAGCGAUUCGCCGCGGUAGUCGGGAUAAUAUUUCAUGUCUUAUAGUUCAUCUGGCGGAGGGCACUUCGAAGGUGCGAAAAUUCGGCGCCAAAUCAUUCGUGCCGGGUCCGCCUUUUGCACGAAACCACGAAGGCUGCUAUACUGCGUAUGUGAAUAUGGCCAAACUCGCCAAUCUGACCUGCUCCGAGGCUCUCCAGAAGCGAUACAUGUUGCUCCAAAUGCACGAUCGAAAGAUGCUUGGAAAUCAGCCCCCGGUGAUGCGCACGGCGUUCGAGGUGAGCGAUGAUGUGGAUUUAGAUACAGAACGCAGCUUCUUCGGCCGGGGACCUGCCCCCGGGAAUGAAAAUGCUUUCUUCGCUGCACUCGCGCAAUGGAGUGGGUAA